AUGAAUGCUGAUACUUGUGUUUCUUAUUGUGAUCCGGCUGCCAUGGAUUCCUACUACAACGCAGCCUCCCAGGACACAGAAGGCUCCUCGCCUUUUAGGGCAUUUCAAGCAAGUGACAAGUUCAGCCCUACUUUCCUGGCCAGCAAAGGACAAGGCUUUGGUGACAGCGGCACUAAGUGCCGGAGCCGCUACAGCCAGCAGGAAUGUCAGUCCCUGGAUGGCAGCGUGCAGGCUCCCGGCUCCGCCGGCUCCCCGGCCUCCUUUAACAAAUACCCUCCGCAGCAGCAGCAGCCGCCGCACCUCUAUAUGCAGCGAGGCCCCUGCAAAACCCCCCCGGACAGCAACAUCAAGCUGCAGGAGAGCAGCGGCCACAACGGAGCCCUGCAGGUCCCCUGUUACGGUAAGGACAGAGCUUUGGGAGAGCCUGACUUGCAGCCGAGCUCCGACCCUUCAGCAAUGGACAGCAGCUACCUCAGCGUGAAGGAGGCCGGGGUGAAAGUGCCCCAGGACAGGGCCAGCACAGACCUCCCCAGCCCCAUGGACAAGGCUGACUCGGAGAGCAACAAGGGCAAGAAGCGGAGGAACCGCACCACCUUCACCAGCUACCAGCUGGAGGAGCUGGAGAAGGUCUUCCAGAAGACCCACUAUCCCGAUGUCUACGCCAGGGAGCAGCUAGCCAUGAGGACAGACCUCACCGAGGCUCGUGUACAGGUGUGGUUUCAGAACCGGCGAGCCAAAUGGCGCAAGCGGGAGCGGUUCGGUCAGAUGCAGCAGGUCCGGACCCACUUCUCCACCGCCUACGAGCUGCCUCUGCUCACCCGUGCUGAGAACUAUGCCCAGAUCCAGAACCCCUCUUGGAUCGGCAACAAUGGAGCAGCAUCCCCUGUGCCUGCCUGCGUGGUCCCCUGCGAGACGGUGCCCUCGUGCAUGUCCCCCCAUGCUCACCCCCACGCGGCCGGCGGCGUCUCCGAGUUCCUCGGGGUCUCCGGGCCCGGCAGCCACGUGGGACAGACUCACAUGGGCGGCCUCUUCGGCACAGCCGGGAUGAGCCCCAGCCUCAAUGGCUACGAGCUGAACAGCGAGCCGGACCGCAAGACCUCCAGCAUCGCUGCCCUGAGGAUGAAAGCAAAGGAGCACAGCGCCGCGAUCUCCUGGGCGACAUGA